CUGGGGGGAGUGUGCAAUCUGGCAGCUCUGCCUGCUCUUUCAGUACUUUAGCCUCUCUGCAACUCCUCCUCCUCCUCCUCCUCCUCCUCCGUCUUCGUCCUUCCUGUGACUCUGCAUCUCCCACUUUCCAGCAGUGAUCUUCCCUCAUUUUCUCUUUCUGGGUCUUAGUAUUUCAUUGUUUAUUACUGUUCCCAAUUUAUCCGUGCUCCAUUUUGUUGCUAUUGCUCAUUUUUCGAAUCGGUAACACCCAUAUAGAUUCUCCUAAAUCUAUCGUGUUUUGAGAUACUGUUUUCGUAGCGAUUGCUGUAAGGAGCCAAAAGGGGAAAAUCAAGUAGAUAUUGAAUUGGAAAAAUAUGAAAGUGGUCCAGAAAGAUUCAGAGAAAAUUAUUUGGGAUCAGAUGAGAAGCCCGUCUGGAAAUCCCCUUUCAGGGCCUGCUUCACAGACUCGAAUCCUACCUAAGCUAAUGGUGUGGUUGAUUCUGUUCGUUUCAGUCACCUAUGUUGUUUACACUCUCAAGCUGGUAGCCACUACACGCGGCUGCAGUCACGACCCUUUCUCUACCAAUCAUCAUCUCUCCAUUGUCUCUAAUCAUUCUAAACCGUUGAUUCAACAUCAGACGGCCUCAACCAUUCACCGGAGAGGCAACCAGGAAACCCAUCAGCUGACGGAGAUUCAACACAUAGUUUUUGGCAUCGCUGCCUCGGCUAAGCUAUGGGAACAGAGGAAGAACUAUAUCAAGCUUUGGUAUAAACCUGAGAAAAUGCGAGGCAUUGUGUGGCUAGAUGAUACCGUUAAGACCCGUGAAGGGGAGGGGUUACCCCCAGUGAAAAUCUCCGCCGAUACUUCCCGAUUCGCUUACACCAACCGUCAAGGACAUCGGUCGGCGAUACGGAUCUCACGAAUCGUGUCGGAAACACUGCGUCUCAGUCUCGACAAUGUGAGGUGGUUCGUAAUGGGGGACGACGACACUGUUUUUAUCACGGAGAAUCUAGUUAGAGUUCUGAGGAAGUAUGACCAUAACCAAUAUUAUUAUAUCGGAAGCUUAUCGGAGUCCCAUUUGCAAAACAUCUAUUUCUCUUACGGAAUGGCCUACGGCGGCGGCGGGUUUGCCAUUAGCUACCCAUUAGCUAAAGCUUUAGUUAACAUGCAAGAUAGGUGCAUACAGAGAUAUCCUGGGCUGUACGGAUCUGAUGACCGAAUGCAGGCUUGUAUGGCUGAACUCGGUGUUCCUCUCACCAAAGAAACCGGAUUUCACCAGUAUGAUGUGUAUGGAAACCUCUUCGGACUCCUUGCAGCGCAUCCUGUUACACCCCUGGUCUCAUUGCAUCACCUUGAUGUUGUUGAGCCCAUUUUCCCUAAUGUGACUCGAGUUCAAGCACUUCAGCGGUUAAUGGUGCCUAUGAAGCUGGAUUCAGCAGGGUUAAUGCAGCAAUCUAUCUGCUACGACAAAUCUAAGGGCUGGACCAUUUCUGUUUCAUGGGGCUUUGCAGUUCAAAUUUUUCGUGGAGUGUUCUCACCUCGUGAAAUAGAAAUGCCUUCAAGAACAUUUUUAAAUUGGUACAGAAGGGCAGAUUACACUGCAUAUGCAUUCAACACUCGACCAGUUAGUCGAAACCCUUGCCAAAAACCCUUUGUAUUUUACAUGUCAAAGACAAGAUUUGAUUCUUCACUUAAUGUAACAGUGAGUGAGUACGCCCGACAUCGUGUCCCUCACCCCGCAUGCAAGUGGAAGAUGGUUGAUCCUUCCAAAAUUGAUGUGGCUGUUGUUUAUAAGAAGCCUGACCCUCAUCUAUGGGAUAGAUCUCCUAGAAGAAACUGUUGCAGGGUGAUGAACUCGAAGAGGAAAGGAAGCAUCACUAUUGAUGUGGGUGUAUGUAGGGAAGGUGAGGUCAGUGAAAUAUAGAGAUAAUUGGAACAGUUUUAGGAUGGUAGCUUAUUAUCUUCUUUGUUAUUCCCUCAAUUUCUUAGUUCUUUAAUUUAUUUCUCCAGUUGCCAAUUUUACAAGUGUAUUCCAGAGUAGAGACUGACUGAAAAAUCAUUAGAAAAGGACAUAUAUUGAUUGUAUAAAAGCCUUAGUCGAUGCAUUCUAUACAUGUCGUCUUGCAGACUUCCUAA